AUGGCUGAAAGCAAGACAACGUACCAGACUUCCAACUUUGAAGUCGACACCCCGGCCGUGCCGAGCUUCGGCCGUCUCCGAGCCCUCAACUUCCUCGAUGCCGCGCGCAACGGCCUCACGCUGCUGGCGCUAUGCUCCAGCAUCACCAUCCUCGGCGUGUCGGCGGACGCGCUCGCUGUGUACGACCAAACCCAUGUGCGCGCCGAGUUUAUGCUGCCGCUGUGGCCGGACGACUUUGACCUGCGACCGACGACCACGCUCGUGGCGUGCAGCGCCAUUGUGAUCCUCGCCAACAUUGUCUCCCUCGUUGGUAGCAAGGUCGGCAUCAUUCGCGACAACUUUCGCGCGCAUGCCGCUCUCUCCCUCCUCGCGCCGCUCGCGUGCCUGACGGCCGCCAUCGUCGCCGUGGGUCUCUCGUUCGUGAUCCGGGCGUCGACGUCGAGCGACACGAUCCACAGCUGGUCCUGCCGGUGGGACGGUGUCUACAUGGCUUCCCGGCCUCACUUUGGGACUCUGUGUAAGCAGAGCCGCGCAGGCCUGUACCUCACCGUGCUGCUCGUGCCGCUGGAGGUCCUCGUGAUCGGUCUGGCUCUGACGCAGGCUGUGCUGGAGAGGAAUGCUGGGCCUGCGCCGCGCCAGGGCCGGAGCAAGGAGAGGAGCCCAACGCCUUCUUCGUGA